GGCCCAAGAUUUCUAUGAAAUCCAACUCUCGCUAGUGCUACUGAUACCUGAGAAGGAAAAGGUUCAUUUCCAAAACGCGACGGAAUAAGUAUCUCUAUUUCAGAUUACUGUUCCUCGCAAACAAUACAAACUUAUAAAUUCUCUCCAACGCGACAACAAAAAAACUCCACCACCGUCACCGACACCGACACCGACCCCGACCCCGACCCCGACCCCGACCCGUACCCGUUGAGUUGGAAGCAAAAUCAGUUCAACACACGCACAGAAAACAAAUCAUGACUAACGAGAAAUCCGUAAUAGCAGUAAUUAGAGCCGCAAGGCCAUGUUUCAAAAACAAUCCCGACAAAGUUGUGUUUGCUGUUCACGCCUCUUUUCUCGCUGCCGGUUACGUUCUAAUCGCCACUGGUCCCUCUGCUUUCUCCGAUUCCGCCUUUUACACUUCCUCUACUGAAGAGGUAGGGAUUGAAACAUGGAAUGAUUCAGAAAACGAAUAUGCUUUUGUUUAUGCAAACCCUGACAAAGGAGGAAAGAAAGUUUUGCUCAAGUGUUUGGUUAUUAAUGAUAAUUUGCUUCUUGAUGCUUUGGCUGAUGGCGUGCCUGACCCGGCUCAUCUCGAAAUCAGGAUUGGGGAGUUUGUCAGGGAAAAUGGAGGAACAAAUAUUUCAGAUCAGUUUAAGAAUUUGGAUGAGCUUGUUCGGUCUAUAGAUGCUGACCUUUUGUCUAAAUUGGAUGAUUCUUCUUCUUCUUUGAGGCCAACUUCCUCGAGCAAUCAAUCAGGGUCAGGAACAAGUGAUGGAUCAAAGUGUGGCAUAAAUGAGCCUGGUGUUGGACCUGAAUCAAUAGGUUCUCAAAUUCUUCCUUCAGGAAUUGUAAUUCCUCCUAUUAAUCCCAAUCGUGGUAGCGAUAUUUUCCCUGGUCCUGGUGCUGGAAUGUAUCCAACAAGGGGGGGCUUUGUCGGUGAUGGGAGCAUGCUUAUAGGGCCUAAUGAUCCUCGAUGGUUUGGUGGAGAUCCAAAUUUCCCUGGUGGAAAUCCAAAUUUCCCUGGUGGACUACCCAGGGGUGUUCCUCCAGGAUCUCGUUUUGAUCCCUAUGGUCCACCUGGGGUCCCUGGCUUUGAGCCUAACCGAUUUGCCAGAAACCGACCAAGGCCUGGUCGGGGCACUCAUCCAGAUCUCGAGCAUUUUGGGGGUGGUUCGGAUUUCAUUUAGUUUGUUGCUUGAAGUUUAAUCUUGUGGAAAAACGUACGGAACUUAUAGAGCUUUUGGCUGUUAUACUUCUCAACGUCGGUGCUAUAUUAGAAGACAUUGUAUAUACAAUAGGAGUUUUGGAAUAUCAUACUAACGGUUUUAACUUUGUGCAAAUGUCGUUCUCAAUAGCUUUAUUUGCAUGAAAUUGCCUACGCUUGUUUAGCAUGAUUUACCAAUAAUCUUUAAUGACCGUUUAAUAGUUUCCUGAUUAAAUGGGACACCAAGAAAACAGGCUGUUUGUCUAUGUUGCCAAAAUAAAGUGAGAUCUGGGUAUUGGUGAAAGCAAUUUUCUCUACCAUUUUCUUCAAGCAUUGGUGGACCGGAUUCUGCCUAAAAGUGAAGCAUGCCUUGGUGGACUAUUCAAAUGGAAACUUCAACAUUCCGAUUGUACAGAAGUACAAACUCAUGCACAGGCCUUAUCUGCAUGGCAUUUAUUGUUGGAUUACUAGUCUUGUUUAUUCUAGAACUUGCUGCCUUUUGGCAGUCUGUCUGUCAUUCUAGACCCUUGGGACUUCUGUUUCUGCAUUCUAUGACUGUUGGAGGUGCAUUUACUUUUCAUGCUUUGCUUAGGAUAAUAUACCAGUAUUUAUUUAUUUA